AUGGUCGCGAAUUCUGGCUAUGUCCUUCUGGCAUUACUCCUGCCAUGGAUAGUUUCCAGCAUUCGAGGGAGACUGGAUCUUGCAGAUCCCCCCGAGGAGGUGCCCAAAAAUGAAGAUCGCUUGCAGUGCCUUAGGCAAGACAACUUGGACCUCGUUGGGACGAGGGACUUCGACGAGCGCUUCGUCGUGCGCAUGGUUCUAGGUGUGAAUGAACGAGACACAGAUAGUGACGUUUAUCUUUUUGCGGAGAAGUUUCGGUUCAGCCGAGUGCAGGCCGAGUUAAAGUUAACUCGAACCGGUGCGGAUGCUUUGGAGUUCGAGCUCGUGGGUGACGACUCUAUCGGGCAGAAGACUGGGCUGGGCCAAGCAGACCUGUGGCUCAGUGGCUUCCAGGUCGUCACCGAGAGUACCAUCAUCAACUGGGCCUCAAGCCUCGCAGCGAACCGCGAUGCCCUGGCAAAGGGCCAGCAUCUCUGUUCUUGUUCGGAAACGCUCUGGAACGGCACGGUCCACUUUGAUCUCGCGGGGAAGAUACAUGCAAAGAAGAAAAAGGGCAGCUGGGUGGCGGAAUUGUUUCAGACGAAGGUGCGAUACUUCAGUUUCAGCUUCGAGAACCAGCAAAUCCUGGACUUCGCGCUGAAUCGAUUUGGUGGCAUAGACCAAUUGCUCUUGGACAACCUCUUCAAAUUGGUCGAGACGGCCGUUCCUAUCAACCUCCUGGCCUCCCUGCAGUUCCUGCCGCUCCUGGAUGGCCGGCCACCUGAGCUUCAGGACCUCUGGCUGAGCGGGCGGAUGAAGCUGUCCGGGCAAAUGACAGAAGUGAAUGGCGAUCUUGCGUUGGAGUCAUCAUAUGACUUGACGGCACACACUGUACCUGCGAGGCUUCUCGACGUUCUGAUCCACAAUUUCGACGUGGAACACUUGGCGGAGGAACUCGUGGGUGCUUUCCUGGCGGACCCCAAAGUGGCAAAGGCAUUGCAAACUGGCGGCAAGAAUUUGAUCGAGAACCUGCGCGAGUACAGAUUCGUGGUGAGUGACCAGCUCAAGUCCCUCACGGAGAAGGAGGUGAACCUCGAGUCGCUUCGCCCAGUCCUGCUGGAGCAAGCCAGGAAGAUCACCAGCGAUCUGCUGGUCCAGUUUUUGCAGCCCUUCCUGAAGGCUCAUGCCGAGGGCAAGUCUGACUACUUCCGGGGUUUCAACGUGCAGCUGGGUGGCGGUCUUCACUGGGAUUCAUCUGCUGAGAAUGGCCUUCCAAGUGUGCAGCUCCACCCCAGCAAGCUUAAGCCACGAGCAGGAUUGGAUGAUGGUGAGAAUCCACUGUACAGCUUCGCAGAGGCCCCUCUCGAACUAGCGGAUGCCCUUGCGCUCCUUGAGCUCCUUCCGAAGCUCCCAGUGGAGGGCGAAUUGGCAGAAGUAGAGUUCAAGGCCUUCGAAUACGACUCGAAUCAAAUUUCUUUGGCUCUCGCUGCCAUUCGAAACUGGGCGCAGAAACCCGAUGCGAAUGCCAGCGCAAAUGCAACAGCGAAGUGGCAAAUUAUAGUGGCCGAGGUCAAGGAUAUUUCGUUAAGGCUUCCGCAGGCAUGGGCUUUGCCCUUUGCCAUGUCGUGCAUGGGUGGCCAGAUGGCAAUAGACCAUUCCGGCACGAUCCAACUGUUGAGUCGUCGCAGUGGAAUCGAAGUCAGACAGACACAGCCCUUGUCCCGACCCAGCAGAGAAGGACCGCAGCGCAUCUCCAAGGUGCCCGAGUCUGCGGACGGGCUUGUGCCAGCGGAGUUCCAGCGACCGACGACCAGUCAGCCGGACAUGACCGUGGUUGAUCGGAUCGAGCAGGUAGGCGGAAGUGGGACUGUGGACGUUGUCGGGAAUGACAAAGGAAGCUUGCAAAUCAAGAUCGGUGGGACACUCCAGAUGAGAAUGGAUGCCAAGUCCGUCGCGGCUUCUGCUCUGGCAGCGUUGCCCACCGUGGAUUUUGGAUAUGUUUUCUUUUCAGAUGAGUUUACCUGGCACAAAUCGAGCGGGAAGGUCUACAAGGUCAUGGCAGUGCUGAGCUGUGGGUACCUUCGUUUGCUUGAGUGGCCACUGCGAUCUGAUCCCUUGAAGAGGCUGGAGAUGAAGUCUGAACAGCUGCAGUUCGAUCUGGCGAAGAUGACGAUGUAUCCGACCCUUGAGGACAAGGAGCUGGGACCCUGCUUGCUUCUGGAGCGCAAGAAGGAUAACUUGCUCUGGGGCUCCUCGGACGUAACGGAGCGUUUGUGUGCUGCAAGAAGCCAGGCACAAGCCCUCGGAAAGGCAAUCGCCAUGCAACUACGCCGAUUCGACACCAAAUUCCACAACCCCCAAGCUGUCGAUUGGAGAUAUGGCACACAUGUAGCAGGAAAGCCGCAGUAUGUGCUGCCCCAGGACACCGUGCAAACAAAUCUCUUGACAGUCUUGGACAGGCAUACUUGGAGCAAGACAGUGGGUGGCUCUAGCCACCCUGCCCUUGCCCGACCUGCCUUGCUUGAAACUGCGGCCUCAAGGAUCAGCGCUCAGGAGGCAGAUAGCCAGGAGAUGCCUCAGCAAGAGAAAGCACAGCGGCAUUGGACGGAGCUACCAAAAACUCUAACCCAGAAGGGUAGCUUCGAGUCCAAGGCUUGCCGUGCGCAAGAGGAGCUGGAUUCCAUCCGCUAUCCACCGGAGAAGUAUGGCAAUGCCUCGAUUCGCAUGGUCAUACCGGCAACUCCUAUCGGUGAUCUGCAUCUCCUCAUCGAGAAGAUCCAGGUCGUAAGCUUUGACAUUGUAGGAAGUCUUGUCCGCAACAGCGACACGACAUUCUCCUUCGAGCUUGGGGGCAGCGAUGGGGCUGGCACCGUGAAUGUCUAUGUUGAAGGAAUCCACUUCAAGGCUCCGGACUCUGCUGUCCCGGGCAUCACGAAGGCCGCUGCAAAACUCGACAGCUUCUUACGACCAGUCUUCACCUUGGGCAUGUCCAAGGCCGACAGCCUCAAGGAGGGGCCGCUGAAGGCCAGCUUCAAGAUGAAGGGGGAGUUCAAGCUGAGCGAAGGUGGGCAUUGGGAGGUGCUGCCCAAAGCCGUCUCUGACGUGAAGUUGGUCUUCGGACGUGGAGGGCUGGUUCAAGGGCUGAUCAACCACUUCACGGACGCUUACGGGAACAUGGAUGAGAUCUUUCUGACUUCGGUAUGGCCAGUGCUGGCGAGUGCCAUCCCAGAGAGUCUGGGCCAAGCCUUCGUGCAGAUUCCGAUGAGGGUGGGGCAGCUCCGGCACAACUUCAACAUCAAGGGCCGCUGCCUGGUAACCCACGAGGAAGAGGAGGAGGAGCGGUGCGCGAGCGACCAGGUCAGUAUCGUCUUUCAAGAUGUCACGGCAACAGCCAUUUUGCCGAAGCCCCUGGCAGAGAAGUAUCUUGCGAGCCAGAACUGCUCCAAGUCGUGUGAGGCGGUGGAACAGUCGCUGCCGAUGCUGCUGCUGCAGUCCUAUGUCAACUCCUCCUCGGAGGCUUCAGUUUUCGAUGGCACCUCCACCGAGACUGGCCUCCAAGUGGACUACACAGUCCGGGACUUCACCAAGAUCCGCUUGGAGGGUGCAGCUGUGGCGCCAAUGAAGCUUCUCGAGAUUGGCCUGGGCAAUGGCAGCAGUCUUCUGGCGAACCUGCUCCCGGCAGUGCCGGGGAAACUCGCAUCUGUGGGUUCGCUGAGCCUCAUAGAGGGCAACAAGGUGGUGAUACCGGAGGCACGGCUGGAACGCUUGCGACUGCCUUUGCUGCUGGAUGGGCAGCAGGAAGCAUUGGAGCUGAACCUGACGCUCAGCAAGGUCACAGCCAUCUCAGACGGCCCCGAUUCGAGCAUCUUUGACGUAAUCGUUGGGCAUUUCGACAUGACGUUGGACCGGGUCCUUGGCUUGGUCUUCAAGAGGGAGGAUUCGAACCAAGACCCCUUGCUCGACAUCACCGUAAACCGCACGUACAUCAACGACAUGAUCUCUGCCUUCGAGCAUGCGUGGCCUCAACCCAUGAAUGUUCGCACGGCGGCUGCCGGUCGACCUGAUGGUGAGGUGCCUCAGGCCUUCAGGCAGAAACAGUCUAUCGUGCCGGGCGAGCUGGACAUGCACAAAACAAUGCCGCAGGCUCAUUUGGGAGCUUCCCUGACCCUGGUCGGCGAGGUCGAUGCAGCCUCAGGAGAAGAUCUGCUGAACGUCUCUGCCGGGGUGGUCUUGAGAACCACGCUCGACCUCGGCAGCGCUUUCUGGCGCGCGGUGGUGACGCGCCGGGAGAAGGACUUCGGCUUCGUGCACGCGUCGAGAAGAGGCGUUUGGGGCGCGCUGGAGCAUAGCAGGUUGCCAACGAAGCUCGGAGCAUGA